GGCCACCGCGGGAAUACGCGCGGUUAGUUUUACAGCAGAGGAAAGCGAGGAUUUGGGGCUUAGUGGCGAGCGUGAACGAGUGGCCGACUCUAACAGCUGUCUUCUGGAGUGAGAGACGGCAUGGAGGGUGAACAGAGCAGGCAGCCGGGCGGCGAGGCCGUGCGGCAGUGUGAGGAGGCGCCGCGUCCGAACCUCACGAAAAAGCAACUAUACAGGUUUGAUGGCCAAGAAACAAAAGGAUCUAAGUUCAUUACCUCCAAUGGAAGUGAUUUCAGUGACCCAGUUUACAAAGAGAUUGCUGUUACAAAUGGUUGUAUUAAUAGAAUGAGUAAGGAAGAACUCAGAGCUAAACUUUCAGAAUUUAAGCUUGAAACCAGAGGAGUAAAGGAUGUACUAAAGAAGAGACUGAAAAACUAUUAUAAGAAGCAGAAGCUGAUGUUGAAAGAGAGUAACUGUGCUGACAGUUACUAUGACUACAUUUGUAUUAUUGACUUUGAAGCCACUUGUGAAGAGGGUAACCCACCUGAGUUUAUACAUGAGAUAAUUGAGUUUCCUGUUGUUUUAUUGAAUACGCACACCUUAGAAAUAGAAGAUACAUUUCAGCAGUAUGUGAGACCAGAGAUCAACACACAACUUUCUGAUUUCUGCAUCAGUCUUACUGGAAUUACUCAGGAUCAGGUAGACAGAGCUGACACUUUCCCUCAGGUACUUAAAAAAGUAAUUGACUGGAUGAAGUUGAAGGAAUUAGGAACGAAAUAUAAAUACUGCAUAUUAACAGAUGGUUCAUGGGAUAUGAGUAAGUUCUUGAACAUUCAGUGCCAACUCAGCAGACUCAAAUAUCCUUCUUUUGCUAAAAAGUGGAUCAAUAUUCGAAAGUCAUAUGGAAACUUUUACAAGGUUCCUAGAAGCCAAACCAAACUGACAAUAAUGCUUGAAAAAUUAGGAAUGGAUUAUGAUGGGCGGCCUCACAGUGGUCUUGAUGAUUCUAAGAACAUUGCCAGAAUAGCAGUUCGAAUGCUUCAGGAUGGAUGUGAACUUCGAAUCAAUGAGAAAAUGCAUUCAGGACAGCUAAUGAGUGUGUCUUCUUCUUCACCAAUAGAGGGCACUCCAGCUCCACAAAUGCCACAUUUUAGAAAGUAACAUAUUUUGUCUGUCCAUCAUCCUAACUGGAGUUGCUACAAAGAGGUAGCAGAUGAAUACUAAUCAAAUUAGUCCUGCAGUGUAAACUUCAAGCACCUUAAACAUUUAAAAUCUUAUAACAGUUGUGAUAGGUGUGUGUAUGUGUGAGUAGAAUUUGUCACCAGCACUUUUGAUAUGACAGCAUGUGUUACACAGUAACAGUAAUUUAAGUUGUCCCUAAUGUGCUCAUUUUGGUUUUAAAAUACAUAAUUUUAUUGGCUUUUUCCUUAAAUUUCAUAGCUUUUUGAUGUUGAACUAGAGUGUAUGUCUACAUUAGCAUCAUUCUAUUAAAGCAUUUCUUAAAAAUGCAGAAAUAUGGAAAGGCAAGCUUUAUCUCCAUUUGAGUUUUGAAGUUUAUGUGUAUAUUUCGGCCACAAUCCUCCCUCAUUAUACUCGUUCAUUCCAGGACUGUUGACACUGAAGUCCCAGAGGCUCAAAUCCUUCACGUAGAGUGGCAUAGCAUUUGCAUAGAACCUGCAUACAUGCUCCCAUAUUACUUUACAUCAUCUCCAGAUACAGUACCUUAUAAAAUGUAAAUACUAAGUAAAUAGUUUAUGCUGUGUUAUUUAGGGAAUAAUGACAAGAAAAAGAAGUCUAAGUGUUCAGUACACAUAGAAGCAUCCUAAGCCUAACCGUACCACACACAAACCCAGCUGCAGGAUGUACAGUUCACACCAGGGGGAGCAUGAGGAUCUGAAAUGGCAGGAGGCUGAAGCAGGGUGUGCCACACAGCACUCCAUUUCUGUGGAUUCGACACAGUGCUUGGCACGUUUUGCCUUUUGGAACGCUUUCCCUAAAUAUUUUAAUUCUGCAGUUGGUUGAAUCCAUGGACAUAAAACCCUACAGAUACAAAGGGCAGACUAGGAUAAAUUUCAUAAAUGACAAGUCAUGUAUCUGUCUGUUUCUUUUCAACUUAAAAUUGGAGUAUUUGUGAUGGCUUAUACGGCCUGAUUUAAAAUGUACUGCUAAUGAAAUUACCAUGAAGUCAGAGGAAAAUCCAUUUAAAUGAAUGCCGUAAGGGCUGUAGCUCAAAUUUCAUAAUAUAUGAGUGGGCUUUUUGUUUUUGCUUUUGGAUUUGGUUAUUUAGGUCUCCUCCAUCUAAUGAUUUAUAUCAGCUCUAAAUUUAAACCUAAGAGAUGGUGCUUUGAAAUAGACUUUAUAGUAUGGUGUCACCAUUUAAUUUUACAUUUGUAUUCAGUAUUAUAAGGAAGAUU